AUGAGGACACCGAUCACGCCCAGCACGCCCUUCGCAUACUCCGCCUCGGUCGCCUCACCAUUGCACCUCGAUAUUCAGAUUCCGCUUGUUCUGCUCGGGCAUAAGGAGCUUUCUCCUAGACUCGCAAGAGGUCCAGAGCGUCACAAAUAUCGACUCGAAGUUCUACACAGCGGCCUAAUAGAUUUGGUCCUUUCAAGUGGUGUUAAAAUUGCACUGUGGGAAGAUACUCCCUUUGAGGGGAAGCUAUUUGAUGAUGUCACAGAAGAAGAAACACACGCGUUUGAAGAGCAGAAAGCGGAGUGGCGAGGCGCUGAGCAGGAACGCUGGGACGCGGUUUCUCAAAGUCAUAAUUGGGUAAUUCGAGCGACGCCGGGUCAUCCAAAGCGCACGCCAGACUCAUCGAUACCCAAGCUGUCCUCUGUGGAAGCAAUCGGCAUGUCAUCCCACUGGAGAAGCGGAGAUGGCUUGCUCACGGAGUGGGAGGCCCAGCUCGCAUUCAGAGAGAGCCUCUGGACACUUCCCUUCACCCUGCAGCGCCUCAACUUACUUUCUUCUCGGAGAGAAGAUUGGGAAGGGGAAGUGCGUGUGGUCAUGGAGGCGCUGUCCAGUAUUAACACGCCGGACAAGUAUGAGAACUCGGAGCACACCAGGAUCAGACGUCCCUUAGCCGUCCUCGCGACGGAACGGUGCCACCCACAUGUCGGACUCCGGCAAGCGUCCUCUUUUAGUAAUGAUUCAACACCCUGGGAUGACUAUAUAGUGCAGAAUGUUCUGCUGCUCAUGACGGCUUUCGAACGGGAGGUCACUACGCUCGCAACGCCAGAGUUUCUUCUCAUGAACCGUCCCCUCACCGACUUUCUUGUGGCGAGGGAAGUAGGGAAAAUGCGACGCACCCGGCGUGCGCUGUGGAAGGCAUUGAGCCAGAAGAUCGAUGAUGUGGGAAAUAAUGCGGAUGGACUGGAAAGCGGGGCGCGCAUUCGGAAGCAGAGUCAAUUCGACCGCAAGGUGCUUGAGUGGAGGGGCGAUUUGGCGAGGGAAGACAAAAAUGUGCUGCGGCGCGAAGCACUGCUCGGCGAGGAAGGAAUGCCUUGGUGGGAGCAUCUCUACCAGGCUAUAAUUGAAGGCUCGGCAGACGAUCUCGUAUCCGACAUUACGCUGCGCACUGCGAAGAUGACAGGCCGCCGUCUCGCGCUCAGCCUGAGUUCCCAAGGUGUCGAGCUGACCACCACCAAACGCGACCACGUACAGCCCUCCUCGCCCGACCCCAAACCCAAACCCAAUCCCGACGACAGACCAGGUCCCAAGCGAACAAGUCACAUCCACACCCGCAAGCUCACAGUGCUCUCUAUCCCACCUUCCCCCUCACCGCCUAAUCCCCUUCCACAGAUCGCUACACUGACCUUCCCUAUCCCUUUGCGCUCCCUCGCUCCUGAGCCCUUCCUUGCAUACACAUCUUUACUCUCUUGCCUCCUGCAUUUCGCCACCGAAAACGACACGGAACAUGUAUACGACUACGUCUGCGCCGCGAAAACAGAUGGGAUGCGCGCGGGCGAGACAGGCGCUGAGGGCUUGAUAAGGAUGGCGGAGAAAUUGAAUGUAAGGGAAAAGGCGCUUCAGGUGUUGAUAGAGGAGGCUAAAAAGUGUACUCGAGAUAGGGGUGCGGAUAGUGAUGGGGGUGGGAUGUUAGAGAAGGAGGGUGAUCCGUUUUGGAAAAUCGAGGGAUUUGUGCAGGGGAGGUAUAAGCAAGGGAGGAAGAUUGUCGAUGGACAUGCGGUGGGUGAGUAUGGGCAUGGAGAUGGGAAACAGCAGGUUAAAAUGGGUUUGAGGUAUCUGGAGAGGUAUGAGGUUCUGGGUGGAUUCUUGGUGCCGAGGAGGGUGAAGGUGUUAGGGCUUUUGGAGGGGCAGGAGGGGUUGAGGAGGGCGCAGGUAGGUAAUUAGAAUUUCGUGGUCGUUUGAUUUUCUUACAAGAUGACUGUGACCGUAUGAUUCAAUGCGUGGAGAACAUGAGCUCACCGAGAGC